GACUCCGUAGGAUCUGCCGGGAUAUGUUCCUUCUACAAGUACACGGAUAGGAAGACACUAAAAAACUUUUUUUAUAACUAUUUCUUCGUUGGCUUCUGGGGCGUCAACUGCGGAUUGUAUAAUUACUGAGCGUCGCAUUUUUGUUUUGAAGAUAAUAUUUUUUUAAACAGUUGCACAGAUCGCGGGAUCACCUUGAAUGCAGGCUAUAAUUUAUCCAAGUUUCGGUAUAGGUCUUCGAAAUCACCAGUGUCUUAUUUUCAUUCUGCGAACUCGUGAAUAAGCGUUCUUUCCAAACAUUGCCCAUAUCAUUAAAACAUUCUUAUUAUUAUUUUGCGCGUGCCGCUGCAAUGUCAUUUUCAACUCGGAUUUUUCUCAACACCGCUUCGCUGAUCUGAAGGACCAUGCUGAUCUAUCGGCUGUUCAUCUGCAAUCAAAGGAACAGGGGCCGGGGGCAGCGGAGCGUACAAGUGCAAAUGUGAAUAAACCCUGAAUUAAACAUCGAGGCAGUAAAAAAAAACAAAAACUACUGAUAUCAUAUAAUUGCGGUUUACACGGCGUGGAGGGAGGAGGAGGACCGCUGAGAAAUCUGCUUACACGUUACUCUCAUCGAGGGAUGGUACUGAGUUCCCCGUGGCCAGGAGCAACUUUGAGGCUCCUACAGAAUACGUUUAUCUACUUCUGGGGAAAAUCGAAAUUAAAGGGAGAUGAGAACCACACUUUAUUAUUUCACCUGCGCCUUGUACCUGCUGCACGCCGCCACUGAGGAACUUCAACUGCCACAGGAGCUGAUCGAGAGGAUUUCUCACAGCGAAAUCCACAGCAUCAGCGACCUCCAGCGGCUGCUGGAGAUAGACUCCGUAGGUGCCGACAAUGAGGUCCUGGAGGAGCCCAAGCCCAAGUACCACAAGGACUACUCCUCCAGCUACUCAGACCUGAAGAGCGCCCAGAUCCACAGCCGCAGGAAGAGGAGCAUCGAGGAAGCGGUCCCCGCCGUCUGUAAGACGCGGACGGUGAUCUACGAGAUCCCGCGCAGCCAGGUGGAUCCCACCUCCGCCAACUUCCUGAUCUGGCCGCCGUGCGUGGAGGUGAAGCGCUGCACGGGCUGCUGCAACACCAGCAACAUGCGCUGCCACCCGUCCCGCAAACACCACCGCACCGUGAAGGUGGCCAAGGUGGAGUACGUGCGGAGGAGGCCCAAACUGAAGGAGGUGCUGGUGCGGUUGGAGGACCACCUGGAGUGUGUGUGUACGGCGCAUCAUCACCUGGUGGAGCACUCAGAGGCAGAGACAGCGGACGUGAGGUGAGCUGGAACUGGGGACUUCUGCACUGGGGAGGGGGGGGUGUGGUCGAAGAGCCCCCCCCCCCUCCUGUUGCCUCUUAAAAAGAACAGUCAUAAUAUCAAAGACAAUGUAAAGUGAAUAAACAUGCCAAAGGUGCUUUCUUACCCGUGACUUCGUCUGCGACGCUUAGCAGACCCAAUCAAUCGAACGUUGAUGACGGCGAUGAGGAGGAGGGGGGGGGGGUUUGGCAAUGAGGAUGAUGACGGUGCUCUGCACGUUUGAGAGGAAGGACAGAGGAGACCCCCCGUCUCGAUCGCCUCUCCCUGAACGCUAAAGUAUGGACAAACGGGAAAUAAAAACUGCAGAAGAAGAGUAACGCCCCCUUCCCCCCCCCCCCGAAAAAGAGACUGAGGGAGACGCCUCAGAGAGAGGGACUCUGGGUGCGGCUGGUUUGGGCUGGAAGAGCCGGCUUCUUGGAGGAUCGGGAGAGGGACGGUUCCUGAUGUUCGGGGACUGACGGGGCCCAAGGCCGGGGCCACACGGGUCACCGUCAACUACUGACUGUCCACAAGAGAAGGAGAGAGAGGAACAGAGGGAGGGAAAAAGAGAGACUAGGUUGGAUUACCAAGCCUACUUUCCGGGACCUUCUGUCAUGCAACGGAAGCGCAACCUUCAGGCAUUCUCCUUUUGUUUAUUUUUUUUUCCGUUGAACGCCAUUUGGCGCACUCCCUCUCCGUCUUCCUCCGCGGAGUCCUCCCGGAACACAACAAACUGGAUUUUUUCUUUUUUUGCUUGGACGAUGAGUUUAUUUUAUUUUUGCCUUAUUUUAUUUUGUUCAUAGAUAAAAAGUCCUAUAUCCUCCUUUUUUCUUUUUUUUUUGUAAGCUGUUGUUUUCGUUAUCGGUUGAUUGUAUGUCCGUCGGUUUGUACAGAUCCUUAAAGGGCAUUGGAAGCCCUCUCUACCCCAGUAAUUGCUACUAAUAAACUAUUUAUAUGCGUGAAUGACAUUUUUUUUUUUUCUUUUUUUUUUUUUGGAUUAUGCUCCCCUCGAAAGUAAAUGUAUGAGUUGGUGACAUCUGGUCACGACUCAACAGCCAACUUUUAAAUCUCAGUGUUUUCUAGUUUGCUGUUGGCUGUCUUAUUUUUCGGCGUGUUGAAUCAAUCUGAAAUGUAGUAUAUCGGCUGGUAAUAUGUAACGAUGAAUUGGGGCGAGGGGUGUGACAGAAAAGGAAAAUGCUUUAUUUUUGGUAAAAACAAAUGAUGAUAUAUAUAUAUAUAUUAUGCUUACUUAUAUUCAAGCAGGAAGUAUAUGUUUUUUUAUCUUUUGUUGUGGUGUAAUGCAUUUUAUCUAAAGAAAGAAAGAAAGAAAGGAAAAUGAAAGAAAGCCAAACUGGAGAUCCAGUCCUUGUAGCCGUGAGGGAAGUCCAGCUCAUGCAGUCUGAGAGGCAGUGGGGCUCUCCAUGGAGAAUUAGUGGAGUGGAGUCUACACACACACACACACACACACAUACACACACACAUACACACACACACAUACACACAUAUACACACACACACAUACACACAUAUACACACACAUACACACACACACAUACACACAUAUACACACACACACACACACACACACAUACACACAUACACACAUAUACACACGCACACACACACACACUACCCUGCCUCUGCUCAUACUCCCCCAAACACACUGGACAGAUGGCCUUGAUAUGUGAACACACGGCUUACACACUCAUUGUACAGCAGGGUUUCACAUUGAAAAGCACACUGACAUUAAGCACACACACACACAGGCACACACACACACACAGACACACACACGUACGCACAUGUAUAUGCACACACGCCUUACUCAGUACUUAUUGCAGCUUUGUUAUGUUAUAUGCAUAGUUGUCUCUCAGUUGUUGGUCAGGUGGACUUUGGGACGUAACACAUAUAAACCUGCACACACACACACAGAGCCCCUUAACCCAGCCCUCGCCUGUCUGAGGAGUGUUGUGUAAGCCACCACUCUUUGAUGUCUCUCACACACACACACACACACACACACACAGGUGGCUGAUAAGGCAGGGGUUAAGUCCAGUAACAUUGUGGGCCAGGGGCGUUCCCGAAUUCCACGUUCACGGCGAGCGAGCAGGUGCGGGACUGGUGCACAAACGUAAACCUUUCGGUUCCCACAAUGCACCUCUCCACCAAGAGCGCGCCUGGCUCAGCCCAAGGGUGGGAGCGUAUCUGCAUGUUUAAAAUGGUGCUGCACACAGUUUUUGGUGAAAACUGUUUGAUCACAGGCCUUGGAUAGGAGGCACAGCAUUUGUUCCUGGGUCUUUAUUGUGACACUGAUUGUGCUGUCUAAAGCAAUGCCUGCUGCUGUUUAAUGUUGAUACGACCCAGCUGGUUGAAGUGUAAAAGUGAUGUAAUUGGUGCUAUACUUUAAAAGUUAGAAAGAGAACUUUCUCCAUUUUUGCCUUGUCCAUACUGUUGCCGUUCACACUUUUCUGAAAGGGGGGUUGCCCUCCUAUCAGGGACCAGUGCUAUGGUCAACCAUACAGUCGCUAAGCUUUUUAACUUUUUAUUUUUAUUUUGUAUUAUUUUUUUUGACAGCUUUUUCCUUUUUUUUUGUUUGUUUAUUUCUGGCCUUCUUUGGAUAGAAUAACAAUGACUAUAAUUUAUAUAUUUAUGGUUUCAAUAAUAAAUAUAUUUCUGCUUAUCAAACGUCAUAAGAAAA